AUUUACAUGAUUUCCCACGAUCUAUGUUUGGAAACAAAUCUAGGUCAUUUCAAAAGGAAUGGUAUACAAAAUGGGAAUGGUUGGAAUAUAGUGUCUGAAGAUGCUGCAUUUUGCUUCUGGUGUUAUUUGUUUAAAGGAGAUGAAAUUAAAAGAUUUGGCGAUGAAGUGUUUGUCAAAAAAGGUUUCCGUAAUUGGAAAAAAGGCCCUGAAAAAUUUAGAGAUCAUGUAAAAAGCAUUGCGCACAAUGAUGCUAGAAUUGAUUUUUUAGCUUUUAAGGAUCAAAGGCAGAGUUUGACAAGGGACUAGCUUUCCUAGGGCAUGAUGAACAUGAACACUCAGCCAAUAAAGGUAGUUUUUCAGAACUUCUUGAUUGAUAUAGUACAAGGAAUGAUGAGGUUUCAAAGGUUGUGAAGGACAAUGCACAGAGCAAUCAUCAACUCACUAGUCCAGUAAUUCAAAAAGAACUUAUUAACGCAUGUGCCUCUGAAACUAGGAAAGAGUUAAUAGGUGAGAUUGGGGGAAAAUAUUUUUCUCUGUUAGUUGAUGAGGCUCGUGAUUCAUCUAUAAAAGAGCAGAUGGUUGUUGUUGUUAGAUUUGUUAAUGAUAAUGGGGCAGUGAUAGAACGUUUUCUUGGUCUUAUUCAUGUUGUUGAUACUACUGCUCUUUCUUUAAAAAGUGCCGUAGAUGAUUUCUUUACCAAACAUGGUUUGUCGAUUUCUAAGUUACGUGGUCAAGGAUAUGAUGGAGCAUCGAAUAUGCGUGGUGAGCUCAAUGGUCAGAAAACUCUGAUUUUGAAUGAAAAUCCAUGUGCUAGAUGCAUACAUUGUUUUGCUCAUCAAUUGCAAUUGAGUGUUGUCUCAGUUUCGGCGGUUAAUCGUUUUGUGAGUGAUUUCUUUGAAUUUUUUAGUAUGAUUACUAACAUGGUUGGAGCUUCUUGCAAAAGAAAAGAUGAGUUCAGACAGAUACAAGAGGAAAAGUUAGUGGAAAUGCUAGAGAAGGGAGAAAUAGAAACUGGAAGAGGUUUGAAUCAAGAAUGCUCCUUAGCUCGACCAGGAGCUACACGGUGGGGUUCUCAUUAUACUACCAUCCUUCGAUUGCUAUUACUAUGGUCUCCCACUCUUGAAGUACUAGGUAAGAUAUAUGACGAUGGUGCUGAUUUUAAAAGUAGAGGAUUGGCGGGAAGCUUAAUUGAGAAAAUGGAGAGUUAUUAUUUUGUUUUUGUUGCCCAUGUGAUGAAAAAAGUAUUAGGCUUGACAUAUGUUUUGUCUAAGUUUCUGCAACAAAAAAAUCAGAAUAUUCUUGAGGCU